GCUUUAGGUAUAUUUCUAAGAAUAAAUCCCUGCAAAUUAACUAGUGUUUUAAUCACUUUUACCUCUUCCACAGAAAUUCCAGAUGAGAAUGGCAAAUCCCAGAGAGUACUAAAUGACGAUAAGGCUUUCCUUCUUAAAAAGCUCAAGAAAAAGAAGAAAAAGAAGCAUAGAGAUGAUUUAAGAGGAAGGCGGCUGAAAAUGUACAACAAAGAGGUCCAGACUCUGUGUGCUGGACUGACCCGCAGAGUAGAAAUGAACCAGGAGUCCUGCAGAUACCUAAAAGAUGAACAGCUUUGUCGAUCAGACCUUGGAACUGAAGAGUACAGAGUUCCUCAGGAGGUCCAGAUGCCCUUUGCAUCUCAUCAAGAGCACUGUAUCCGUACCAGUAUCUUAAAAACAGAAUCUCGAUUUAGCAGACUAAUGCAUGAAGAGAAUCAGUCGAAUGGUGGCGCCCCAGUUUUACAUGCUUACAUGGAUGAACUUUCCUUUUUGUCUCCUAUGGAGAUGGAGAGAUUUGCGGAGGAGUUCCUUGAAAAGACUUUUAAUGAAAAUGACAAGAGUGCGUCCUGCUAUGCUUUGGCCAUAGUGCAUGGUGCAGCUGCUUACUUACCAGAUUUUCUGGACUACUUUGCUUUUAACUUUCCAAAUACACCAGUUAAAAUGGAAAUCCUUGGCAAGAAAGACAUUGAGACAACAACAAUUGCAAACUUUCAUGCACAGGUCAGCAGAACUUACUGCUGUGGCACUUACAGAGCUGGUCCAAUGCGACAAAUCAGCCUGGUUGGAGCAGUUGAUGAAGAAGUUGGAGAUUUUUUUCCAGAGUUCCUAGACAUGUUGGAAGAGUCUCCAUUUUUAAAGAUGACUUUGCCAUGGGGGACAAUGUCUACACUUAAGCUUCAGUGCAGAUCACAAAGUGAUGAUGGACCUAUUAUGUGGGUGAGGCCAGGAGAGCAAAUGAUCCCCACAGCUGACAUGCCAAAAUCCCCAUUUAAACGUCGAAGGUCCAUGAAUGAGAUAAAGAACUUGCAAUAUCUGCCCCGAACUAGUGAGCCUAGAGAGGUCCUCUUUGAAGACAGAACAAGAGCACAUGCUGAUCAUGUUGGCCAAGGUUUUGACUGGGAGAGUACAGCAGCUGUAGGGGUUUUAAAGGCCGUGCAGUUUGGAGAAUGGAGUGAUCAAGCUCGCAUAACCAAAGAUGUGAUCUGCUUUCAUGCAGAAGACUUCUCUCAAGUUGUGCAGAGACUACAGCUAGAUCUCCAUGAGCCUCCUGUGUCUCAGUGUGUUCAAUGGGUGGAUGAAGCAAAAUUAAACCAAAUGCGGCGGGAGGGAAUCCGGUAUGCACGCAUUCAGUUAUGUGACAAUGACAUCUACUUCAUUCCUCGCAAUGUUAUUCACCAGUUCAAAACUGUGUCAGCGGUUUGAGUUUGGCAUGGCACAUAAGGCUGAAGCAGUACACCCACAAUAAGGAAGAGGGACAGCCUGCAGAAACAGACCACAACUCCACUGAGGCUCCUCCAGAAACUCAGCCCACCAAUAUAAAAAUAGAGCCAGAGGAGGCUCCCUUCUCUCUAUCAACACAAGGACCUUUUGUAGCACCAACUCCAACUUCCAUACAAACACAAACCCUUCACACUCACCAGUCAGAUUUGUAG